ACAUGAUACGUACGGUUGAUCAUGUGACCUGUCAUCCUUGUCAACAGAGGUCCAACAUGGCGGCGGCUUCGUCAGUUUUCCACAGAGUGAGGACUGGCUCUAAAAUAGGAGCUCAGUACGACCAAGACGGAAACCUCAUCCAGGUAAAAACGUUAAAGAACGUUACGAAGAAAGCGCGGCAAACGGAAAUGAAGCUUAUAUGGUCAAAACGGAGUCAAACGUCACUGUUAGAGACAUGAAUGUCGGCUAACGACCGAGGAAGAAAAAGUCGAUUUUAGCGGUUAAUUAACCGAUUAACCGUUUUUACUCAUCAGUAAACCGUUCAAGAGCAGUGAGGAGAAAAAUAUGAAGAAAAAAAAGAUCAUUUCUGUUCAUUAAACCUCUUUAAAAACGAGCUUUCUGAGAAUGAGUUAGCCCAACUGUCUGUAGGGAACUGCUCUUACAGGAGGAGAUGAUGAUGAUGAUGGUGGUGAUGAUGAUGAUGAUGAUGAUGAUGAUGAUGAUGAUAAUAAUGAUGUGUCCUCAGGUGGAAACCAGAGAGGAUGAAGAGCAGAGCAUUAAACUGGCUGAAAUCCUGGAGCUCCUGUUGGCUGCUGGGUACUUCAGAGCCCGGAUUAAAGGACUGUCCCCCUUUGAUAAGGUACUCAGAACCAGAACCAGAACCAGAUCUGUGUCUCUGAAGAUCUGACUCUGAUUCACAGCUACCAAGUGACCUUUAACCCAUGAAGACCUGAACCCUGUCUGAGACUCUGAAAUCCUGAGGGCCGUUUUGAGAAGGGCCCCCAGAUCCUGAGGUUUAUAAAAAAACUGAUAUCUCAGCCUCUGUAGCAGAUAGAAACAAAAUUCAACAAGUAUUUGAGAGCUUAUACAUAAUAAUAAUAAUAACAAUAACUUUAUUUUUAUAUCACUUUUAAAAACAGAGGUUUACAAAGUGCUUUGACAAACAGUCGUAAAGCACAGAACAUCAGCACAUGAAAAUAAAAACAAAAGCUCAGUUACAAACAAGGCCUCUGAUUUGAAGACCAAAUUCAUCUUUCAUAACAAACCCAGAAAAUACAAGAACCCUACAACCUAAACUGAGACCAUGAGGACCACAAUAAAAACAUAAAAUAGGUAAGAAGAAGAAAUGUAAUAAAAAAGGGGAGUAGAAAGCAGGAAACAGGAUAGUAAAUAUAAAAGAGGAUAUUAAUAAUGAUAAUAAAACCAUAAUAAAAUAAUAAUGAUAAGUGUUGAUAUUUGUAUGAAGAGUGUAUCUGUAUAAUGUACUUGAUGUAUGGUAUCAGGGUUAGGUCUUUAUAAGCACUGCUUCUGCCUACACCCUUUUAAUCAUAUUAUACCUAAAUAAAAAUAAAUCCUGAUCCUAAAACAUCAGGACUUCAUGUGCUCCUGGUUUUCCUCAGGUGGUCGGCGGUAUGACCUGGUGCAUCACCACCUGUAACUUUGACAUCGAUGUGGAUCUCCUUUUCCAAGAAAACUCAACCAUCGGUCAGAAAAUGUAAGUUUUUGAAGCUGUGCUGUUUGUCGACCGUGUAGAAGUCUUUAAUGACGAACCUGAAACAGUUCCUCCAGAUCCACGUGCAGCAGUCAGGGUGUUUCUCUGAUCCAGACAAACGAACAGACUGAUCUUUGAAACUUUGGCCUCCUCCUCAGUCCUCUUCUUGGUUCUUAGAGAGCAUUCAGGAGUGUCAUUGAUGAGCUUUUCGUUUUCUCUGCAGAGCUCUGACAGAGAAAAUCGUGUCUGUGUUACCCAAGAUGAAGUGUCCUCAUCGCUUAGAGCCCCAUCAGAUCCAAGGGUUGGACUUCAUCCACAUUUUUCCAGUAAUACAAGUAAGAGGAUCCAUCUUUAACAGUCAGCAUCAAAAAUCAGGUUCUGAAUAACCCAGAAGUCGAUUAUAAAUGAGUUUUAUUCCGAGUUGAAGCAGAGUUCAGUGUUUGUGGAUGUCGGUGUGAUGUGUCCCCCCCUCAGUGGUUGGUGAAGAGAGCCAUCGAGACCAGAGAGGAGAUGGGCGACUACGUGAGAGCGUACUCCAUUUCCCAGUUUAACAAAACCCACAGCCUGCCUGAGGUAACACCAGCAGAGAGAGACAGGAGCGGACUGUAGAUCUGGGUCACUGCAGCAGAACUGUGAUAACGGGCUCUGGUUCUGAUUCUGUGUUCUGCAGGAUGAAGAGUUUAAUCAGAGGAAGGAUAAGGCUGUGAGGGCGGUCCUGGACGUGCUGGUGAGUUAGGAGAUGAUGUCACUUCCUAUCAUUAAAACCUGACGCCAUCAAUGUAUAGACUGGAUAUGUGUGUGUGUGUAUAUGUAUGUACUGUGUAUAAAUGUUUAUAUGUGUGUGUUUAUAUAUGUGUAUGUAUGUAUUGUAUAUGUGUUUGUAUAUGUAACUGUGCGUGUGUGUUUAUGUGUGUAUGCGUGUAUAUAUGUAUAUGUGUGUACUGUAAAUUUUGUGUAUAUGUUUAUGUGUAUACGUGUGUAUGUAUAUGUAUAUGUGUAUGUACAUGCAUGUCUAAGUGUGUGUAUUAUGUAUAUGUCUGUUUAUAUGUGUAUGUGUGUGUUUAUAUAUGUAUGUGUAUGUAUAUGUGUUUAUGUAUGUAUGUAUAUAUGUGUGUAUAUGUGUGUAUAUAUGUAUGUAUUUGUAUGUGUGUUUAUGUGUAUGUGUGUGCGUGCUCAUUCCCUGCUCUUCUUCCAGGAGGUCUACAAACCUCAGAGGAGGUACAGGAGGCAGAGAGAUGCAGGAGAGCUGCUGGAUGAGGAGUCCAGAGUUCACUCCACCCUGCUGGAGUACGGCAGGUAUGAGUUCACACAACCUGCACAGUGUGUGUGUGUGUGUGUGUGUGUGUGUGUGUGUGUCACCUGGAAAUUUCUGUUUCAAAGAUAUUGAUCAUUUAUUUCCAUUUCUCUGUAAACUUGCACGAUCCCUCAGUUCAGUGCACGUGUCCUUCAGACCUCCACCUUCAUGAAUCCAGGUGGUUGUUCUUCUUCUUCAGUUUGUCGGUUUAUCAGAGUUUCAGCUCAUUUAUUUCCUCCUCAUGGUUCAGUCCUUAGACUUUCACAGACUGUGUUAAAGUUUGAGUAUCUGGAAAUCUGACCUGACCUCCACUCCUGUGUUCUUCACUCCUGUCUCCUCCUGUCUUAAGUGUCUUUUCUCUCUGACAUGUGGUUUUCUCAUCCAUUCAUCCAUCUCCUCCACCACCCCUGUACUAGAGUGUCAGAUUUCCUGCUGUAAGUAUGAACGUGUGAAGCUCUCAGCGGCGUGUUUGUGGUUUAGAGCCUCUUUUAGUGAAUGAACUCAGACGUUUACGGCAUGAUGAUGGAUGAAAACUGUGGAGCUGCUUUGACGCCCUUCAGUCUUUGGUUCUUGGACGGUUUGAUCAGACUUUGUCACCCUGAGAGUGUGGAGCUGUUUCUGCUCAUGAGGCUGUAUGAUCUGCUGACUCUGCAGUGUCGCCCGCCGCAUGAUUGUGUCGUUAUCAUUUAUAAUUGUUUUGUUUUGGCGGUGGGGGGAGGGGUUUAUUUUGAUGAGUCAUGUUACAGCUUCCUGUUUCCUUCCUCAGGCGUUAUGGAUUCAGCAAACAGACCAAACAAGACCAGGUGGGUUUUAUUUCCUUCUCAGAGUCGACAUAUUCCCCUUGCGUGAAUUUUUGCGUACUGAAAAAACUGUCAGGUGUAAAUCUAACGUGUGUAAAAACCCUCUUAAGGUGGAUGAGAAGAAGACUCUGCAGACCAGCGGCUCUCAGUCGGCUCCUCCAGGGAUGGCGGAGGUGUCAGAGGAGGCCGACCUGCAGGCAGCCGAGGAGGUGAGAGCUUUACACGCCGAGAGGUGGUCAGGAAAUUCAUUUAGAUUAAGAAUAUAUAUAAAUAUAUAUAUUUGAAUGCGAUGAGAAUUCGUCUGUUUAAAGUGAUGAAGAAUAAAAAGUUCUUUGUCAUGAAUUUCAACAUAAACUCAGGAGGUUUUGACUCCUGGUUUAUCAGUAUUUUUAUGAUUUUAUUUCCUUGUUUUUUUAUCACAAAUCAGAAAACAGCAUCCUGUGGUUUUUGUCUGGUUAGGCCAGAGUGUGUGUGAGGAUUAUUUUCAGUAUGGUUCUUAAUGUCUGAACAGUUUAGUCUCUAAGGUUUAAAAAAAUACGAAGAAUGAUCUCGGUGACGACGUCUGGAAGAUUCAUCUUGUGUUUUUUCUCCUAUCAGCAGUCUGAGGUCUGAAUAUAAAACUCUGUUGGAGCCACAUUAGAGUUUUUAUUCACAUAGUUGAAUUUUGGUUUUAUUGACCUUUAAUUUUGUCUGGUGAGGGCGCACUCACCUCUAAGUAGACCAGCUGACACAGACGACGGCUCACAGCUCCAGCUGUCCUCGACUGCAGGCUUUUAAGCUGUGAUUUAUUGUUUAAAUAAUCUGUGUUAUUCAUUCAUUUACGUAUUUACCUUUGCAAUAAAAUACAAGGCGACUUCAUCCAGCUCUCCAAGAAUCUGUUUUCUGACAGCUUGAGCGUGUGAUGACUCUGAAAAAGAAGCCGCUCCAACAAACAGACACAGACGGAGGAAAAAAGGAGAAACCUUUUUUAAGGCUUUGGGCGACUACAAACACAAAACAGAAACUUUAUUCAAACUCAUUAAAUAUGUGAAUGUUCAGUUCAGUUUUAGAUGAAACACACAAAGAACUCGGUGGUUAAAAACAGCAUCUUUUCUUCACCGUUUUGACGUCUCAUCGUCGUUGUUUUAGCUCCUUUGUGUUCGAUCUUCUCUACGUUUUUCAUCCCUCUGUAUGAAACAUAAAUUAAAUCCUUGACUGUUUCGUUUCUGUCUGUCAGAUGAGGAUCAAAACCCUGAUGACCAGUAUGGCGGCCAUGGCGAGUGAGGAGGUCAGCGGCGCUCUCACACUCUACAGCAUGAAUGUGAAGUUUACAGUAACUCUUAACUCUUAACGUGAUUUUCGUCUUCACUCAGGGGAAGCUGACGGCGAGUGCGGUGGGUCAGAUCGUCGGACUGCAGUCUGAAGAAAUCAAACAGAUCGCCUCCGAGUACGCCGAGAAGGUGAGACGCAUCAGCUGCAGAUAAAUACUUCAGAUAACUACAAAUGUGGCCCAGUCAAGGUGCUCUAAAACUCUCUAAAAGAUCAUGGCGACCACAAAGAACUGGCAUCUUCAGACUUUAUUGAAGCGUUUCUUAGCGGUGAUAAACUCCAUCUCCCAUGUGUCCCUGCAGCAGUCGGAGCUGACCUCAGAGGAGCGAUCGGAGCGUUACGGCCCGCUGCAGCAGCACCGCAGAGCCGUGGCGUCUCUCAACAAACAGAUCGAGCAGAAGAGCAAACAGCUGGAGGAGGUCAGCAGCAGCAGAUCCAUCCCUCUGUCUGAGCGCUUUUUUUUACAAACACAACAACUGUGAAGAUGUUUGAUAGACAGCAACGAAUCUAUCCAUCUGUUUUUUUGUUUCUGACAGAUUCAAGCCAAACACGCGGAGGUGAAGGCCGGCUGUGACGAGGCGAAGAGGAAACUAGCAGAGGUGAGAUGGCGGUCUACAUCAUAAACCUCCUGAAAGCGUCCAGAUUCAUCAGGGAGAAUCUGUCAGGAUUCAGAGGAAGGCGUCUGAAGGUUCGUGUUUCUCUGUCUUCUCAGGCCUCGGAGCAGUCGGAGAAACUGCAGAAGGAGCUGAAGUCCUUGGAGGAGAUGGAGGAGCAGGCUGACGGCAGGUGAGCGGAGGAGAGACGUCACCUCAUGAGUGUUUACAGUCAGUCUGUGUGUGUGUGUGUGUGUGUGUGUGUGUGUGUGUGUGUGUUCGUGUUCAACACUGUGGAGAAGUUCAUCCAUGUUUGGUUCUGUUGGACAGCCUCCUGGAGAAGCUGAGAGCUCUGGUGUCCAUGAACGAGAACCUGAAGCAGCAGGAGCAGGAGUUUCGGACGCACUGCAGAGUGAGCACAGACACAUACAGACGCACAAAGACACACACAGACACACACAGACACACACACACGAGUACGGAGAGUCGUCUCGGCUUCACAGUUUGUCUUUGACGUGUUUUCAGGAGGAGAUGGUCCGCCUGCAGCAGAACAUCGAGGAGCUGAAGACGGCAUCAGGACAGGACACGGAGGAGGAGAGGGUACGAAUCUGAGGAGGAAGUCCUUCAAAAUAAAAGCCCUGCUCUUUGUUUAAACUCCUCCUCUUUGUCUGUUUUCUCAGGAGAGGAACCAACUGAUAGACAAACAGUACAACACGGACAGAGAGAAACUGCAGAAGAUCCGCCUGGUCAUGGUAACUACACCGCACAUGACAUGACGACGGAGAUUAGAUGGAGCUGCAGGGAAGAAGUAGGUCAGAGCUGCAGAUAAGAGGCAGCAGAUAAGAAAUAACCCAGAGAGGAAACACCAGCAUCAGCAAGUCAGGAGAAAAACAAAACUCCAGAGUGUGUGUGUGUGUGUGUGUGUGUGUGUGUGUGUGUGUGUGUGUGUGUGUGUGUGUGUGUGUGUGUGUGUGUGUGUGUGUGUGUGUGUGUGUGUGUGUGCUCAGAGGAACCAGCUGACUCGGUUAGCAUCUUCAUCAUCCAGACGUUUCUCCAUGUUCAGGCUCGUAGGAACCGUGAGAUCGCCAUCCUGCAGAGGAAGAUCGACGAAGUGCCGAGCCGAGCCGAGCUGACCCAGUACCAGAAGAGAUUCAUCGAACUCUACAGCCAGGGUGGGUUCCUCCUCAGAACCUGGUCCAGUCAGGUUCAAAUACGUUUCAAACAAACAAACAAACAAAGUCCUGAAAUGUUUUUUUUGUUCCAGUUUCUGCGACGCACAAAGAGACCAAACAGUUCUUCACUCUGUACAACACCUUAGACGACAAGAAGGUCUACCUGGAGAAGGAGGUGAGACACAAACCGCCUCAUCUUUCACAAUAAACGAGCUGAUCGAAUCAGGAGACUUUAAUCCAACCUGUCUGCAUCUCUGCAGGUGAAUCUGCUCAACUCCAUCCACGACAACUUCCAGCAGUAAGUCUGAGAACAGGAGCUCUGUCCUCCUGCUGUAGAUGUUCUCCUGUCCUCCUGCUGUAGAUGUUCUCCUGUAGGACCUGCUGUAGAUGUUCUCCUGUCACUCAGCUGUCUUCUCCUUCAGGGCGAUGUCGUCUUCAGCAGCUAAAGAGCAGUUCCUCCGACAGAUGGAGCAGAUCGUGGAGGGAAUCAAACAGAGUCGCAUUAAGGUCAAACUCCUGUUUUUUUUGUUACAGGUUCUAAGUCAGACAUUUUAGACCCUCUGAACCCAAACUCUUCUGUCCGUCUGCUCCUUCAGAUGGAGAAGAAGAAGCAGGAGAACAAGAUGAGGAGAGACCAGCUGAACGACGAGUACCUGGAGCUCCUGGACAAACAGAGGCUGUACUUCAAAACCGUCAAAGACUUUAAAGAGGUGAGAGGACGGGUUUGUCUGUGCUCCUCUGGACUUGUCAGGUGGUUCUGGUUCUGAGUGGAGAUAUAAUGAUAUAUGUAUAUAUGUUAGUAAAGUUGGUAUAACUAGAGAAGAAUUAAUUAAAUUAAUUCUUUCAGAAUUAAACCCUGAAUUAAUUUUACGCCGGAAUAUCCCUUUAAAUAAAGUAACAGACGAAAACACAAGAUUUUACAACAUGAUGAUAAAUCCUGAAACACAGAACAGAAAGUCAUCAGUCAGAGCAUCUUCAUCCUCCAACAUCUUCAUCCUCCAACAUCUAUAGAAACAUUUAAAGAGAUCAGAUCCUCCUCCCUGGUGUACAUCUAGGUAUCACAGCUCUAUGGAGAAAGUACUCUAACAUGUUUUCUUCUCUCUCUCUCUCCAGGAGUGCCGUAAGAACGAGAUGCUGCUGUCCAAGCUCCGAGCUAAAGGAGCCUCUUAGCUUCGGUCACACCUGGUUACCUGCCGAUCACAUCCAUUCCACAUUCAUCGUUCUUCUUUUGUAAUCCUGCACUUUCAUUUGCACUGAACUCUUAAAUUUGCCAAAUCAGGCUGAAAACUCCGAACAAGCUCUGUAGUGAUGGUGUUUGUAGUUUUCUAGCGACGGUGUUUGUAGUUUUUAUCGAGCCGCCGUCAGCCAGUUUCUCUCUGAACGCCUGAAGUUUCUUUGCCAAUGACUCGUGUUUUCUUCUGUGCCUCUGAAGUGUGAAUCACCUCAUGUCUUAAAUUCUGUCUCCACUCACUCAGUGACCAUGUAUGAGCAGUAUUAACUGAAUAAAUCUUUGUAAUAGCCCUUUAAAGCCUCGGCUGUGACUCAGGGG